CCGAAACACAAGGACACUCUCUCCCUGUUUUCGCGGAGCAGGAUUGGUGGUGUCUGCCUCUCCACUGUACCAGCUAGGUGGCAGGACGGUGUCUUCUGUACAGGACAGUACUAGCUUCUAAUAGCGCUAGGUUCAAGGUAGGCAUCUGGUUCCAGGCCGAGAGGGGAAUAUCGUUAGCCGUCGCGUUCCCUUGCGUUGUUGGGAGUCGGAGGCCGUCUAGUCGUUGGAAAUAGUGAAGGAAGUAGAAAGCAAGGCUCAGGAGUGACUCCCAUCGACUUGGGGAGUAUCGGAUCCCCCGACAAAUCACGAAAGCGCCUACCGUCGACGAAGCAAGCGUCGAGGAAACUGUAUGCCCGACGAUGUCGUCGGGAGCCAUCGCGACGGACGCGUCGGCGAACGGCGCGGUGGCGUCGCCGCCCGCUCAGAGCGGCGGCGGGCACGACGAUGACGUACGCGUCGGUGAUCUCGCUGCACCAGCUCAACAUCGCCGUCAUCGCCGUGCUCGUGCUGCUCGUCCUCCUCGUCCUCGUCCUCUCCCUCGCUAAAGCCCGCUCCACGUGGCUGCACCGCCGCGCCGCCCUGCGUCAGCAGGCGGAAUCCGCGCAGAACCUUCGGCCGGUCGGGCAACGCGGUCUGCUGGUUGACCGCCGGCAAGGGAACGGCGUUCCCGAGGAGCUGAUUAAGCUGCUAGGGCAGGUGGUGGCGUACGAGGCUGCGAAGGUGGGCAGGGAGUGCGAGAGCGAGCGCGAGUGCAUCGUGUGCCUGGGGGAGUACAACGAGGGCGACAUGGUGCGCGUGCUGGACGCGUGCCACCACAUGUUCCAUCAGGACUGCAUCGACGCGUGGCUGAAGGCCCACAACUCGUGCCCCAUCUGCCGCACCGUGCUGCUGCCGUCCCGCGCCUCUCCCAACCCCGUGGGGUCGGAGGGCGGGCAGCACACGCACAGCCACCACCACCACAGCCACCACCACCACAGCCACCACCACCACCCCCACCACCACCACCACCACGACCCCGAACCCUCCCUAGACGAGGCACACCAUCGCCGGACCCAAUCUCGUCCAUCCCCAGACGGAUCACUUGUAUCCCUAGACCAAUCACAUUCGUCCCCUGACCAAGCCCAUGUCGCUCAAAGCCAGGUGCAUGAGAUGCAGCGCCAGAGCAGUCUGCAUGACAGCAUCACUGCUGCGUCACCUGCAGGCGCCGCUCAAGCUGCCAACAGUGCUGCGGGUGCUGAGGGAGCAGAAGCAAUCCAAGGGUAGCAAAAGGAACGAUUCUGUGGCUGUGCCCAUCCUAGAAGCAGCGGCUGGGGGCUGGAGUCGCAGCUGCUUCAAAGGACUUACCAGCGCAAGAGAGGACGGAAUGUAGAGAAGGUGGGCAUGUGGGUGUGGAGAUAGCUGAGGCACCAGGAGGCGUCUGCCGUUGUAUUGCUAAUGGAAACGAGGGCAGGCCCCAUGACGCUGGGGCCUGUGGGUGGAACGGCGUAGGAUCCACGCAUUUGCAUGUGGCAAUGGAAAUGUGAAGAGUGGUGUAGCCUUCGGUCUACAUGUAGGCAAGGCCGCUAGCAAUCAAGGCUAGCCCGUAAAAAGAAUGGUGUACAAUCUUGUUAAUAUCCAUGAAUCUGUACGCCUUUAAG